AUGCAGCAGUUGGAGGUGCGGAUGCGAGGAAGCUGGGCUGAGUCCUCCGCGACGUACUUCAGCCGCCAGAAGCCCUCCCCUCAAGACAUCGUGGACUGGGAGCGGGUGCGCACGGAGUUCCGGCAGCUCUGCGUGCGGCACUAUGGCUCCCUGAUAGGGGCCUGGAAGGCCAUGGAUGUGAACAGCGACGGGCGCUUGAGCUACUUCGAGUUCCUGCGGGCCUGCAAGCACAUGCAGGUGAGCAACGCGCGGGCAGUGUGGUCGGCCUUGGGCCGGUCGGGCUUCGUGAGCCUGCAGGAGCUGGACCCCGUUCUGGCGCAGCAACUGGGUGUUCUGGCGACGAAGCUCUGGUCCCUGUGUGGAUCCGUGGAAGAGGCCUGGCGACAUUGCUUCAACCGCGCUUCGCGCCUGCGGGUCAGCCGAGACGACUUCGUUCAGGCUUGCGAGGGUCUGGGCUUCAAGCACGGCGAGGCUUGUUUCACGGAACUUUGCUCGGAGAAGGCGCGCACAGGCAUGAGCCGCAAGGAGUUCGGCUUUCUGCACACUUGGAUGGGACGGGGACCCGACCGUGGCUUCAUUGACCCACCGCCCUCUCGCUGGGAGAAGGAGCGAAGGCCCUGGACCCCCCCGCAACCUGUGCUCAAGAAGUUCGAGCGACGCAAGAAGUUCAAGGAUUGCCUGCUCAGGUCCUACGGAAACUUUGUCCGCGCGUGGCGCGAGGGAUUGGAUCGGGACCACAACGACAAGCUGGACUACCACGAGUUCAGCGCGGCCGUCAAGGACGUGGGAUACCCUGGGAAUCCUCGGGAGCUCUGGGAGGAGCUGGACGCGAACCACAACGGCUACGUCAGCCUCUGGGAGCUGGAUCAGCCGACAGCGGAGCUUCUGAAGGCCUUCGUGGAUUCGGCCCUUGCUUCUGCCGGCACUUGGAGGUCUUUCUGGUCGGAGCUGCUGGACAUCCGGUGCGACGACCGCGUGCGGCUGGCAGAGUUUCGCGACGCCUGCACCUUGAUUGCUUUCGACGGGGAUGUGGACACUUUGUUCGAGCUCUUGGACACGGACAAGACCAGGUACUUGACCUGGGCCACGACCUCGUGGCUUUCCAGUGCCGAGCUUGACGAGGAGGAGGAGGAUCAGGAGGAUGAAUACCCUGACUUCAUGAAACCUACGAAGUCCCAGCGCCGGCUUGCUCACAACAAGGCCCGGGACCAUCGUGUUCGCGUGAAAAGGUUUGAAGGCCGGGCGCGAGGGGAGAUCCCUGGCAGCCACACCGCGGCGGGGACCACGAUCUACGCGAACAGGAGCACGCUGCAUACACCGGCUCCGGAGCCCGCGCAGUUGGCGCCCAGCAGCUCGGCCCCGGGUCUGGCGCAGGCGAGUGUGUUCACCAACCAGAGCAUAAGCUCGCAAUCCGCGUGGACGGCGACGGCGGCGGGCACAGCGACGGAUUUCCUAGGCAAAAACGAGCCCUGCGUCCCGGACCAGCUUGCACUCCCAGAGGUGCCUCGACGAGCCGACUGA